AUGGCAUAUGUAAAUAGAUUUAUUACGAAUUGUAGACUUAAAAAAAAUAAGUAUAAACGGAAGUUUGGACCACUUACAACACAAGAAUUAGAUCAAGCUUUUAAGGUAUUGAUAGUAAUUGCACAAAAACAAUCUUUCCAAUUAGAUUAUAAUAAACUUGUCAAUUCUAAAUCGCUCAGUAAAGAGAGCAGAAUUUUAUGUUUAAAUCCUUUUAUGGAUAAUUCGAAAAUUAUACGAGUAAGCGGUCGAUUAAGAAACACAAAUUAUUCAUUUGAUAAAAUUAAUCCUAUAAUAUUAUGCUCAAAACAUAAAUUAACUACGUUAAUAUUACACCAAGAGCAUCACCGAUUACUUCACUGUGGUGCUCAACAACUUCUCGCAAGUAUUAGAGAACGAUUUUGGCCAAUUUCUGGACGUAACGCUUGUAAAGAAAUUAUUCGGAAAUGCGUUACUUGUUUCAAAGCAAAACCAUCGUCAAAUGAUUAUCUAAUGGGAAAUUUGCCUAGUAGUAGAGUUAAUCAAGAUUUUCCAUUUAACAAUGUCGGCCUUGAUUAUGCUGGACCGUUUAUUAUCAAAGAUCGAAUAACACGCGGUGCCAAAUUUAUUAAGGUUUAUAUUUGUAUUUUUAUUUGCAUGUGCACCAAGGCUAUUCAUUUGGAUCUGGUCUGCGAUUUAUCGACAGAAUCUUUUUUACAAACAUUAAAACGAUUCAUUGCUAGAAGAGGUCUUCCUAGUAAUAUAUUUUCAGACAAUGCAACAACAUUCGUUGGAGCAAACAAUCAUUUAAAAGAUUUAUAUAAAUUUCUAUUAGAAUCUAACGAAGAGAUUAGAAGUAAAUUAAUAAGUCAAAAUAUUAGCUGGCAUUUUAUACCAGCAAGAUCUCCUCAUUUCGGCGGACUGUGGGAAGCUGGAGUAAAAAGUUUAAAAUACCAUCUUCGUAGGGUGUUACGCGAGACAAAACUAUGUUACAAUUCAAUGUAUACAUUAUUAACACAAAUCGAAGCAAUUUUGAAUUCUCGUCCCUUAACUCCCUUAUCCUCUGAUCCAUCUGAUCUCAAUCCACUAACUCCAGCGCAUUUCCUGAUCGGCAGAUCAUUAACAUCACUUCCAGAAAAUUCACUUUCCCACAUCCCAGAAAACAGACUAACAAAACUCCAGCAUCUUGAAAAGCUAAGGCAGCAUUUUUGGACAAGAUGGCACAAGGAAUAUCUAGGAGAAUUACAAUCACGGACCAAAUGGAGAAGACCAAUGGAACAAGAUAAUCUUAUAGGCAAACUGGUGCUUAUAAAAGAUGACAAUCUACCACCAUUAAAAUGGCGUCUUGGACGGAUAACAGACAUACACCCAGGCAAUGAUGGUGUCGUACGGGUUGUUACACUGAAGGGCCCCAAUGGAGAAUUAAAAAGGGCACUAAACAAAGUGUGCAUUCUACCAAUCAAUAAUGAAAUAUCUUAA